UAUUUACUCGUUCACGCGAUCCAUAUGCAGUUCCAUAUGUCCUCGUGGAUGCACUAUAACUUCCUGUUUCUCGGGGUCAAAACCAAAUUACUUGUCCAGAUAUAUGAAUUGAGAUCAGGAGGUUGAAUCCCCAACGGAUCGAUUCGGAUCGCGAUUAUCUUGUCAUCGUUUCGUCCAGAUGAAGGGGCGCGUCCUGGUACGUCAUAUACUUGGAUAAACAUUGAGAGAAUGACAUAGAAGUAUGCUCACAUUUUGGCAUUGUGCCCUAUGCAUUCACGUUCGCAAGCACAUAUAUAAUUAGGCCAUCGAAUUUGGUAUUAUUCUCACCUUCGAGCACCAGUCAAUCAAUUAUGUUCCCGGUUGCAUCUUUGUUGGCUACUCUCCUCCUGGCUUUGUCCAUCGCGGGAUCACCCGUUGAAAUUCGCAACUCACCCAUCACCAUUCCCAUAGUCAGGAGGCUAAACACCUCCGAUGGUCCUAUCAACCUCUUGCAGUGUGAUAAAGCUCGCGUGGCCGCCGUCAAGGACGGCUCCGCCAGCACGCUCAAUCGCCGUGCUGGUAGUAUUCCUGUCAUCAAUGAGGUUCUCACCUACGUCGCACAAGUUGGCGUUGGCAGCCCUGCCACAACCUACAACUUGGCUGUCGACACUGGUAGCUCGAACACUUGGGUUGGUGCCCUCACGCCGUACGCAAAGACCGCCACCAGCAUAAAUACUGGUCAGCCUGUGACGGUCGACUACGGUUCUGAAUACUUCUUUGGAACUGAGUACACCGAUACUGUCACUCUCGGUAGUGGGCUCACCAUCACCGCACAAUCAAUAGGUGUUGCCUAUGAGAUAAACGGCUUCACUACCGUUGACGGCAUCCUUGGCAUCGGACCUCUCGGCUUGACAGCGGGUACCUUGACAAAUGCACUGACGACGACGAUCCCGACUGUCACUCAGAACCUGAACAGCCAGGGCCAUAUUUCUCAGAUCGUCGUUGGUGUCUCAUUCCAGCCCACCACGUCCGAGAAGGUCACCAAUGGUGAGCUCACCUUUGGCGGAACUGACGCCACCAAGUACACCGACUCCAUUGCAUAUACUCCUCUCACCACCAAAUCUCCUUCAUCCGGGUACUGGGGUAUCGACUGUAGCAUCACGUACGGCUCCACGACGCUCUUCUCUGCGACUGCUGCUGGUAUCGUCGAUACUGGUACCUCACUCAUUUACAUAGCCACUGACGCCUUCAACAAGUACAAGUCUGCAACCGGCGCCACUGUGGAUUUAUCUGUUGGUCUUCUCACCCUCACCCUUACUCAAUAUGGUGCCCUUAAUGACUUGAAUUUCCAUAUUGGCAAUACAGCCUACUCUUUCACUCGCAAUGCUCAGAUUUGGCCUCGUUCACUCAAUACUUAUAUUCAUGGUAACAGCAACUCCAUCUACCUCGUUGUUUGGGACCUUGGCUUGCCCAGUGGCCAAGGUUACGACUUUAUCCUCGGCAUGACUUUCCUUGAGCGCUUCUACUCCGUGUUCGAUACCACCAACUCCCGUAUCGGUUUUGCUACAACCCCAUACACUUAUACUUUCACUAACUAACCUAGAAU